AUGCGCCUUUCGCUGCGGCUGCCAGCGGUGCCGAUUGCAGGCGUUCUGCGGCGAGCACCACGAGCAGCAGGCACGCGCGGCCGCAGUGUUGCACUUCGUGUUGCUGCCGCGUCUAUCGGCAGUAGCACCAGCCUCGUUAGCUCCUCUGGCCGGAAAGCUCCCGUGUACUACAACUUUGCCACACCGGUGAGUGUGCUCCGUGAUGCGGCUGCUGGUGAAAGUGUGUCUCACCGACGCCAACGCCGCGAGGUGUCGGUUCGAGAGGGAGGACUGCUACUUGUGGCGCCGCGCACGCCGAAUCCCAACGACCCGCUUCAACGACUGAACAUUUUUCGACGCGAUUUUUCUGAUUUUAGCAGCUCCGCAAAGCUUAAUCAGAACAUCAUGGUGAGCGUCGACACCAGCCCGCGCCGAUUCCUCGAAAUGUUCUGUGACUUUGAUGCCAAGCGCUGCAAGCUGUGCAAUGAGUCCUUCUUGCAGUGGCACAUCCACGCCAACGGCAUUCCGCACGCGGGGCGGGAGGGGAUGCUGCUGGAGCUUGUUCGCCCGUAUUGUGGAACUCCGGAUGAACUAAUAGAGAUGUGGUGGCAGCGGCUGAACUCGUGUGCGGCGUUUCAUCGGAUUCCUGCCUUGAGCCACGACAACCCGCACGAGCGCAAGCGACGCCUGCUAUAUCUGUUGAAAGUACUGAAAGACCGCGGCAUCCUCGUAGAGGCGUUCAACGUGAGUGACACCCUGUCCACCAACUCAGCGCGCUCGUGGGAGUUUGAGCGACUCGAGUUUGUGGGCGACAAUGUGGUAAAGUACGUACUGAACAGCAUUAUUUCCUGUGCAUUUCCACCUCACGAGGGCGGCACAAAAGGGAAGGUGACGUGCUUUCAAUUCGUGAUGGACGGCAACGAUGGUUUGGCACGCGGCUACGACCACCUCGACCUCCAGCAGCUCGCCUCCAGCUCUAGGGUAGUCAGCAAAUUCAAGAGUGACAUUGUCGAGACCCUGUUCGCGGAGCUGCAGAUGUACCUGUGGAGCACGCAGCACGAUGUCGGCACCUGUCCUCUCGUGUUUCCGUUUACGAAGGAUAUUUACACCCUGCGGGCGUUGGUGCAGCAUGUGCUGUACGAGUUGGCUAUUGAACUCUUUCUAUACCACACUCGCCACAUUAACGGCAUGCUGCAACGCGUGAUGCGGGAGAAUCACCUGCAGUUCGUAAAAGCAGAUUCUGCGCUGAAGCCCACGGCGGGCGGAAGGACCGGGAGUUUAGGCGUGAGCACGCGCCGUGGUGACUGGAACGAUGCCGACGAUGACUACGGCAGCCCGAAGAGCUACGGUGCGCCGGCGGUGCCCACUCCCACGACGACCCUGAUGAAAGUGCGUUCGCAGCGCGCCCACCUGCAAGGCUCCGGUGCAGCACUGUUCUUUGCCUCGACAAACUACGACAACUUCAAGCGCGUGGUACCGAUCGGUGGUCUUUUGCCGCGUCCAUUUGCGAGGGAGGAUUUGUCAGUGAUUCCCAACUAUAUGCCGCAUCUCCGGAGCGACGGCGCGAUGACGCUGAAAAUGAGGAGGGCCGGGAAUGUUAGUUGGUCGGCCCUGCGCACCACAGCAGCAGCUCUGGCGACGAGGGAAGGCGUUGCCGACGGUCUCGGCCUAAGUGGCGAAAUCACACCUCGUGUGGGCAGCGUUCCGGUACACUUGUCAGUUCCGCGUCUCAAGGACGAGGAACUCAUCGCAGAGCUGAUUUAA